CUUUCUAAUCCGGCGACUUAAAUUUCACACCGCGGGAUUAGCUUACCACGUCCUAUCUUCUUCUUUCCUGACCCAUCCCGCACUGAAGCUGCCAUGGAUUAUCUGAGGCUCUUUUACUUAUUUUUCGGUUAGUGAACUAAAAUUGUGACAUGUAAUGAAAUUACAAGACAGAAUUAAGCCUUACAAGUGUCGUCGCACAUCAGCGCAUUUUGAUAAAGGAGAUGUAAUGCUCUAAUUGUUUUAUUUUCAGUGAUCCUGUCCUUCGCUUUCCAUGGACGUUGCAAGGUAUCAGAGCAUGUCAGGAACCGAAGGGUAAGUGACUCUGUUCUUCUGUAUGUAAUUUGCAAUAAGACUGCAACAAUUAGCUACUGUUUCGGAAAAAAAAAAAGGUGAGUCAGUCUAGCUUGAAGAAGGUUGUUAUAUGGGUGGCGACUCGCUGCGAAAAUAGUCACGCAAGCAUGAUGCACGCAGUGUUUGACUGGCUAUUCUCAGUUUUCAAAGUAAGAGUUUCAUAUGAAAGGAAGAAACCUUCGUUUAUAAAUAAGUAAAAGUAUUCUACCAGGCAGAUCUAAUUUACGCUCCCCCUCACCUCUCGGCUCGUAGCCAUUCUGUGUUAGAACAAUUGUAUUAGCAACAUCAAAAUGUAAUGAAACUUCACUUAGAUCUUUUAAGUCAUAUUAUGUAAUAUUGUCGAACCCUGAGGCAUUUCAAUGGAAUGAAUCAUGAAGUUAUUUGAGUGAAUGUUUGCGGUUCCCGUGUAGCCUCCAUGGACCUUCAAGGCCGACUUUAAAGAAAAGGGAGAAGUGAGAGGUACUCAAAUGUGUGCCCGAUUCGAAAACGAUAAGAUCCUAACGUUUGUGGUUCGCGUUCGUACUGAUUUUUUCCCACCUCUCUUUCCUUUGCACACCAGCCAUGCUGGAUUCGACUAGCGAUUGAAAUAAUACUCAGAAAAACAAGGUAUGGUUGAGGUCUCUCAAAAAGAAAAGUGCUCCUUUUUUAGUAAAGAGGAAGUUUAAGAUAUAAGCAAAGUUAAUGGAUUUGGCAUUUGUUGCUGUAUUUUAUGCGUGUGCUUUGAGGCAAUGACUACCAACAGCGUUAGGGAGUCCCAAAGGUUAAAUUCAUGCAAUAUAUUAAAAUGCAUCCAUGUGUUUCAUUUGUUCGACGAGUCAUAUUUUGACAGUAUUUUGACAGCAGCAGAGCUGUUGCCAUAGGAAAGCGUUAAGGAACUAACAGACAACGCCUGGAGAUUGUUUAACAGAGUAAACAGAACUGCCUAUGUUUUGAAAUAGGUGUAUGCCCCUAGCCAGACUUGAGCUCACUAUUUCAGUAUACUAAUCCGACACCCGUAGUAUCACUACACUUGAUUCCAAGGAUCCAGUACCAUCCAGGUAUCCCAGUUACCCUGCUCACAGGGUCUAGUUCAGACAAAAUUCCUGUCAUCACCAACCCUCUACAAGUGCGAAUGGUUUGUCGCGACUUGACAAAUUUUGGCCGAAGCGGACAAAUCUUCAAACGCACCGCCGACAAAAUUUGUCCAAGGUAAACACUGGACGAAAUCGUUUAAAUAAACAAAAUUUUGUUUAUCUUGUCAUUCAUAUGUCAUAAAAUUUUUUAACCGUAUAAACUUAGCGUCUCAGUUGUUUCUCGUGUUGCGAAACUAGAUUUUAAAAUUUUCGCAGAGGAUAAAGUGAAUCCUCAUGGCUGGAAUUUAAACCCAUUGGCAAGCUAUCCCUCUGAACAACCGUAUUCUGUAAGACGCUGGCACGUCCCCACUUACGAUGACCAGUUUAGCCAUCUGCAUGUUGCAGGGAGAUUUUUCUAGAAUGGAGCAAAUUUUUCAAACACGUCAGUUUCCAUCCGACGAAGUAGAAGUAGAAGAGGUCAUUGCACAAGAGUCACAAACGCAGCCACAAGCUCAAACGACUGGAAGCGGCACAAAAGAAAAAGGAAUAGGAAAGGAAAGCUAUGACAAGUGGACAAACGAGGAGCUAAGUUUACUAGUUGAUCUAUGGGCUGAAAAACACAACCAUCUGGAAAGUAAGGACGCAAGGAAGGAUUGGCUUGAAAUCGGCAACGAGAUUGAAAUGAACUUUGGCACCAAAAAGACAGCCGAAAAAUGCCAGCGAAAGAUCAAGUAUCUGAUUGACAAAUAUUAAGACGCAAAGUCAUGGAAUAAGAGUCAGACGGGAGGUCACAAACGUAAAAGUGUUUUCUACGACAAAGUAGACCGAGUUCUUGGAACACGAGAUAUUGUUACCAUGAAACAUGUGGUCGAAGCAGGGACAAGCACUGCUUAUCCGUCUUCUCUGAGCGCAAACCCUCCAAGUGAUCAUGAUGGCUCACAGCCAAGCACGAGCGGAACGCCAAGUCCUCCACAAAAUGUAGCAUUGCUUCUAGUGGUGCCAGUGGGACCAGCAAAGAAAGGAAGCGCACAACGAAGAGGAAAGUGCCGACCGAAGACGCUGGAGAGGAAGGGGCAGUUUCCAUCAUGUAAAGCCUGGAGUCCAUAGAAAAGCAAGGCGAAAAGAUCACUUCGUUUAUGGAGGGUAUGCAGCAGAACCACGGCAAACAAUUAGAAAUGAUGGCAUCUUUCAUGGGCUCUCCUCUGGAAGCCAUAAAGGAUGAAAUAUAGAUGCCUAGCAGUUUAACUUUUUACCAGUGGACUGUUCAAUCUAAUGAUUCAUAUUGUUACAGUUUGUAGAGUUUAUAGUUGCAAAUAUAUCUUUGAUUUUUUAUUAUUAUUAUCAACAUGGUUUGAUUCAGUUUAUAAUAUUAUAGAACAGUUUCGUCUUUUUGAUCGUUUACAAUCGUAGGAACAUAUUUGAGUUCCAUUUCAAAUGAUCAGACUUGAUUUAUUAAAGUAAUUUUCGAGUGAAGGACGGAUCAUGGAUAACAUGCGUGAUUCAAUUUAAUCAUUAUUCAAUGAAGUAAAAAAUUAAGAACACGACAGCAAUAGCAAGCAAUCAUAACUUAAUUCUCGAUUUUUUUUUGUUCUAUAUAGUUCACUGAAAUUGUAAUAGUGUAUGAAUUUUUUGUAUUCAUAAAUUGUAUUUGCGUGCUUUGAAAGGAAGAAUAUCAACUAAAUGUUGUGGUUCAGUCACGCACUCUCUUAACACACUUCGAACAUCGUCCCUAUCCCUCACAACUCCAUCGUUGUUGCUUUCAUGUCCUUGCUACGAGGGUCAUCAUUUUCAUCAUCACUCCAUUCGUCUUGAUUCAGUAGACAAAAGUUGUGAAGGACUGCACAAGCAACAGCGAUUUUGUUGGCAAAUGAAAUUUUACUAUCCAGCCGUUUCCCCUGUAUACGCCAGCGAUUUUUUAACAUCCCAUAAGCGCACUCUACUGCUACCCUUGCACCAGACAAAGCUUUAUUGAAAGCUAUUUCUUCUGGAUCUCUCGUUGUUUCGGGAAAUGGUUUUCUGAGCCAGGAGGCAAGUGGGUAUGCGCUGUCUCCAGCCAGAUAGGGUUUGAUAUCAUUACCCCCAAUUUGCACUGAAGGACCCGUCAGAAUCUGAUCGUGCUCUGCAAGAUCAAAUAUUGUACUAUUUCGUAGGACUCUCGCAUCAUGCAUACUGCCUGGAAAGCCAGAUGCAAAGUCAAGGAAGCGUUUCCCGCCAUCGACAAUAGCUUGAACAAUGAAGUCGUGUUGUUAGUAGCGACUGAAAUAGUCCACCGCACUGUCUGGAGGGGCAGCUAUUCUUAUAUGGGAUCCAUCAAUUGCACGAACAAUGUUUGGGAGAUAAGAAACAUCUUGAAAUGUCUCUUUGCAAUGCCGUGUUUGUGCCUGUGUGAUAGGAAACUUUAUGUAAUCAUUCCUGAGGUUGAAAAGAACCUCCACAACAUCUUGCACUGCUUCUAGAACAGUCGACUUUCUAACGUUGAAAACCGGCCCAAUACUUACGUACGAGUUGCCAUGAGCUAGACGGAACAAACCAAGCGCGAGAACCUUUUCUGGAGCAAUGCAGUCACGCAAUCUCGUAUUCUCACGAGUUACGGCUGGCCGUAAGACGUUCAACAGAAUAUCAAAGGUACAUCGGUUCAUUCGUAGUUGCUUUCUGAAAUAAUCCCCGGGAAUCCUUCGGUCAUUGUAGUGAAUCUCAAACCAAGACUAGUUUGAUCUUGGAAGUUUCCAAAAGUAUGGGUUGUGUAGACGUGCCCAGCGUCUCUGUCUUCUACAGUAUUAAUCGUUAAGAGGGCCACUUGAUUUCGAAGAUAUUGAUGCCUCAACAACAGGCACACCAUAAGGAGUAUUUCGUCUGCCCUCUGAGCGAUAUUUACAAGAAAGAGGAAUGCAACAAGUAACAAAAUUUGAACGCGCUCUAUUACCCCGCCAGAUGAAGUCAAUGUUUUAGCGCGCAGCAGAAUUAAAUAAAUUAUAAUGAAAUAUAAUAUUGACGGUGUUAACACAAUUUGAAGACUUUAACCUUGUCAAUGCGGAUGCAACAGACGAGACAAAAAUUGUCACGACAAAAUUUGUCCUUGGAUUUUGUCACGGACAAUUGCGAUUUUGUCUGCUAGCGCGGAUCGGCCCUUAGGGCCGGCUGGCAAGUUAUCAAUCUGUCAACAAGUAGCUGAAGAUAGGUGCGACCCUCAGUUUAAAAAAAAUUUGCCAAAAUUUUGCGAAUUCCAUACAUUUCCCCAAUCUCUCACAGAAAACAAGGUUUCCACAUUUUUUGCAAAAGAACUAAUUUUUUUUAGGGAAAGAUGUUUUUCGUCUUGUCACGAGCGUGGUACAAAGAAAAAAUUCUUAGUCUCCAUGAGGAUUGAAACCUCAGAUCUUCGGAUUUCGCGCUCAAUGCUUCACCACUGAGCGUCCUGCAAACUACUAGGAUCAGCAGGGUCGAUAGUGUCAUGUUUGUAAAUAGAAUAAAAGAGAUGGUAAGUUUUGAGCUGCGUAGAGAAAUAGAGAAAGAUGAUCAGAAGAGACUUUACUGAUCCUAGCAGUAUGUAGGACGCGUAUCAUAUGAACUUCGUAAUAGACCUCACUCAACGUAGAGUCUCUGUGGCUCAGUGGUAGAGCGUCGGUGGUGUGGAAUGCCCCUUUGUUACCUUUGUAACCAUUCUGUUCACUCUGCCUGAACGCCCUAGCCCUAGCCCUUUGCUUGACGUCCUUAGGGACGACUUUUAAGGACACUAUACGACCCCUCAGGCAAUAAGAUAUGAUGCUCGCCGGUCAAUUAGAGAGAUCAUAGCAGCACAUGAGACGUCACACUUGAUUCUCAAUAAGUUGAACCUUCCUGGGAAAUUGAGAGAGAUUCGAGAAAUCGGUGCGCAAGUUAUACAUUAAGAACAAAUAAAUGUGAAAUUGGUGUUUUCUGUAUUUCUAUUCGCGCAGAGUACAUUUUUGUUACUCUGUAGAAAAGGUUGAAUGAUGUGGACCAUUGUAAAAAGCUAGUUCCGCAUGAAUAAGAAAAAAUUUCGGAGCAUAAAGUACUGUUUAUUUUAGUGGGACCUGUUGCAAAGGAGCUUCUCGCUUCCAGCUCUUAAAAAGGGAAAAAGCUUCGAGAGAUCUUGAAUCGAGAGAUUAGUGAAACUUUGGUUGAAGAAAAAUUCGACUAACAAGAGGCUUUUUUUGAGCAGCUCGUCUGGUUAACUGGAACUAGGCAAUUAUGAGUUGAGUAAGGAUACUUGGGAAAAUUGAGCCUUUUCUAGUUUACUCAACUUGAUAUUUGCAAAGCUUUAUUACUUUGUAUGUUCACUUUUUUGGGAAGUUUGUUUGUGUAGUUGAUCAUUUCGGUACUUGUGUGGCAUGAGUAGCUUCAAGAGAAAAUCUUGGUGAUUUUUUAUCUAACUCGGGCGAGAAUCGAUGUUAAAAAGAUUAAAUGUAAACAGGGCGUGGAAUUGCGCCUAAUACAGGCGCCAAUGCGACUAAAUUUUUAACUUUGGCGACCAAAUCCUGAAAAUUAGUCGCCAAAUUGGCGACUAUAAUUUUUCAUCAUAACCUUACCAAGAGAUAUAGUGAAUUUAAAAGAUUUGCACAGAUAAAUCCGCGGCAAACUACCUCAUUAACUUUGUUUCCAAAACGCGGCACAUGCAUCUCGAUCGAUAACUAGACGCCAUCAUGGAUUAAGGUGAGCUUGAGCUUUGUAUAUCAUCCAUCCUACUGUCCACUUUGUGGCGCGUUAAAGAUAUUUUCCCUAAGUUAAGUUUGGAGGGACUAUCUAGAACGCUGACAGAAAGGUUUUGUUUGUCUUUAAAAGUGGGGACCAACAUUUUUUGAAUUGGCUACCACUUUGGAGAAUCCAGGAGCCAAGUGGCCAUCAGAAAAAAAAUUAAUUUCACGCCCUGGUAAAGCGUGUUUGAUAAACAUGCGACAAACAUUGGUGUUCGCGAAUUUCUUUAUUUCAAUUCUAAUUAUAAAAAUAGGACUGUAUUUAUCCUCGAGCACAGCAUUACUUUGCGACUUCCUUUUUAAUUUCAGGCUCCGUCCCCAGCUCUGCCCAAAGUGAAUACAACUGAGCGUCUGAGACAGCUGCGAGAGAAGAUGAAAGCUGAGAAAGUAAAGGCAUACAUUAUCCCCUCUGUUGACCAGCACAUGGUAAGCUAUUUAAACUUGCAACUCCACACACAGGUUUGACAAUAACAUCGUUGCUCUCAUAUUUAUUUCAGAGUGAAUAUGUUGCAGAUCACUUCCAACGACGUCCAUACAUAUCUGGGUUCACGGGCUCCGCCGGCAAGUACUAGUAGUGUACUAAUAUAUAUCGGAUAUAUGAUGUUUGCUGUGCCUGAUGUCUUACUCAAGACCAAGGGUGCAUUUUUUUCGAUAAGGAUCGGCCCAGAUUAGUAAAUAACGUUUUUUUUUUCUGCUGUUUUUCAUUUCCCGCUUUGGAACUAAUGGCGUGAAAAAAAUUUCGGACCGUGGUCGGUAUUAUAAAAAGCUGAACCGGCUACGAGCGCGUGUUUGGCCAAUCAGAUUCGAUCAUUAAAGAUUACUGCCCGUUUAGAUGCUUCGGAAAAAUAAAAUAUAAUGCUAUUCCGGUUGUCACUAAAAUAUAUGCACAAAAAUUGAUUUUCGGCUCGCAAAAUAAAGGCUAUGUCUAGAAAUAUUACUGUUCCAUCUAAGAAGUAAUAACUGACCGCAAAUUAAUAGGAGUGUUUUAGUCUAUCUGAUCACGCUUAAAACUAAUAAGAAAUUCUUUUGACCUGCGGAUGGCGGAUGAUAUACAGAUAAAGAAAUGAUCUUCGCAGCUGAGCUGCACCUGAAAAGAACCUGUAAAAAUCCUCUCUUCGACGGGAUUCGAACCCAUUCUUCCUAGGCUUGUUUGUUGUUACCAUCAACCGAGUUGCGAUGCCUCAUGUUGAGAGCGAGGUAAAUCUUAGUCUCUGUCUAUUAUUUCUAUUGUAUGUCACAUGUAGGUGAUGCAGUGGUAACAAUGGACAAAGCUGGAAUGUGGACUGAUGGUCGGUAUUUCAAUCAAGCUGGUAUGCAGAUGGACGACAAUUGGACCUUAAUGAAAGACGGUAAGCUGUUCAUAGUCCUUCAUUUAUAGUUAGCCUUUAACAGAACAGCAGGCAUUUUUUAACCGAACUCGUUGCCCGAAAGUACUGGUUCUUGGUUAGGAACUUAACGGGUUCAAGCUCCCCUUUUCGUAUGAUAUGCUUUUGAUUAAUGAACGAUUAUCGAUGUUCGAUCUAGGUAUGCCAGGCACACCGUCGCAAGCAGAAUGGCUCGCAAAGGUAAUGAAGUGCUACCCUUAUUGUAUGUGGAAACAUUUGGAGAUUGCGCCAUUAUCGCUUGAUUACGUAUUUUUAAAUAUUCUUCAUGUCCUAUUAUUUGUCACUGAUCACCAUAAGAAAAUUAGAAGGCAUAGUUUUUUCUCUACAAAUAACGUUCUUUUAGAAAAGUCCACACAAAAGGCUUUCUCUCUCUCAAGGAUCAAAUGAUAGGGAUAGUCUAUGGCAUUUUUCAUGGCCAAGCCAUCUCAUCACAAAUAGAAUGAAAGUGGGUUUCCAUUAUUCACUCCAGUAUAAACGAAUCCAGUAUGUACCUUUGUUUAUAAUCAUGACGUCAACUAACAUUUCAUCCGCGUUUCAUCCUCUUGUAUGCUACUGGAAGGGUUUGGUUACAAAUUUUCCAGCCCCAAAACUUUACGUUUUCAAAUGCUUUAUCUUACUUUAAGCAUAUGAACCUGCCCAGAUUUCUUCAGAAGAUUUUAUUUUCCUUUAACUGUAAAGAACAAUUUAGAGUCGGUUAACCUCUAAAUCUAACUAUUUUCUUAUGCCGAAAGAACCAAAUGUUCACAAUAGUGUUAACAAGGGUUCACCUAAAGUUUUGACCAAUACGUUGCUUCUUGGAAUUUACCAGCGUAUCUUUGAUCGUUUAAGGGAGAUAGUAUGACGAGAUACGUGACUUGAAAAUCUAUAACUUUACUUAUAUCUAGAAUAUAUCUUUCCUAAUUUUCUUGUUGUCCGGUAAUUUAUUGUAGGAACUCAAAGCCAAUGAUAAAGUUGGAGUUGACGCCAAUCUUUUCUCCAUUGGUGAGUUAUGAAUAGUAUUGAAACAUUCAGAGCUAUUUUAAAUAGGGCAUCCAAAGUAAUCCUGAAUUCCUUUGUAUUCGUUUUGCUUCAAAAGCCCUCUGAUUGGUCACCCGAGUUAUUCCCUCAACCAGUAACGUGAAAAAGGUAAACAAAUUACCCUGUAGUCACUCACGUCUGUGCCCGCUCCAGGUACUUCAUUUGGGUUCUUAUUGCCUCCCAGCCAUAUCCUCGUUGUCCAAUUGGUUUUCAACAUUACUUAGGUCUUGCUUAAAGGCCACUUAGUCUAACUAAGCUCUGCGUGAGCUUGGAAUUGGGGCUUAGGUGGUCCUGUGGGUAUUCCACUGGUUAAGAAUUCGGGGUAGUUGGAGUGAGUUACACGAUAAAUAUAAAUGAUACCAAUCAUAGUGAUAAUAUUGUUUGAAAUACUUUAAUUUUUGCAGAUAGGUUUGAGACCAUGCACAAGGUAGGUAGAAAUGAGGGAUACUUUUAGACAAUUAAUCCACUUUAGUCGAAGAUUACGAGUACGUUACGCAUUGUUAAAGUAAAUUACAAGUCCCAACAUACUGUCUGAAUCAUCUCCCUUGAACAGUUUUGUAAAGUACAUUUAAAGACAUUUAACUGUAAGAACGAAACCUUUGAGAGUUGGACAAGAAUCAAAUGUUUGAAUUCUGAACUGUUGAUGUCGGAUUCGCGAUAAGAAUGACCUUUCAUUGUCUCAUAUAGCUUUCGCUGUUCAAUUUUAUAGGAGCUUGCAAAGUCCAAUAUAGCAUUGACGGCUGUUACUAAGAAUCUUGUGGACGAAAUAUGGACAGAAGGCAGACCACCUCUGAGCAACGCUACAAUAUUUGUCUUGGAAAUGCGGUACACAGGUUGGAAAUACUUUGUAUUUCAUAAUAAAGGCAUAGUGCGACGUUUACUUUCUUCGUUUCCUUCAGUCUUUUCCUCCACCUUUUCUGUACCAUCCGUGUUGUAUUACUUUAUAUUUCUGUUUAAUUUGUUUCAGGGAAGUCGUGGAAAGACAAAAUUAAAGACCUUCGCGAGCAACUGAUCUCGAAUAGUGCGACUGCGUUCAUUGUGUACAAACUUGAUGAAGUAGCUUGUAAGUGACUUACCUUUGGUAUUGGAUUUUCGAAAACGCGGCAGUAGAGAAUUAAUCCCGCUCGUAUUCCGUCGCCCCAGCACUAAGGACUUACAGGUCAUGACACUUGCUUCAAACACAAAUGUCUUGUUUUCUAAUUGGCUUAGAGCAUGAAAACAUGUAAGGGCUUUCUUCUGAGAAAUCGAAGGCCGGGAUACAGCACUUAAGUGCUUAAGUGCUUAAGUGAUUUUGUAUUCCAAAAACUGAUAGUCAUACUCUGAAGACUGGGGAUAAAGCUGACUGAGGCCUGUUCUACGUCCGCCUUUAAAUAAUGAUAUUUGAUUCUUAUUCGUAACAUCGAAGUGAAGUGACAAGCGACAAUCUGUUACUUUAUACCAGGGUCGAACUUAUUUUUUUAGGCGUUCUAUGCGUUUUUUUGGGUCUGCCUAUGUCUUUGGGCGUUCUAUGCGUUUUUUUUUUCGUAUAUUCAAAACUCGAUAUUGUAAUGUUGAGUACACUUCGAUGGGUCCCUGAUAUUUAGGUGAUACAGAUGGAUAAUUUUCGUGCGCCACCCAACCUGAUUCUUUUAAGGCCAUUACGUGCUCGUUGUUGUGGGUGAUAUGAUUUAGGGUAAAUUUCCGAAUCGGGUUGCAACUACCUUCGUGUUCACGGCACAGUCUUGCAGAAGAAGCCUGGUCUCGAAUUCGCCUAUUUAACAUUUAGUGAAUAUGUAUUAUGGAGGCGAAGGGUCUGAGAGAGGUAUGUACAUGGAAUGGAUUUUAUGAUGUGAUUUGAUGUUUUUAGGGCUGUUGAACCUAAGAGGAAAAGAUGUUCCAUCCAACCCUUUCUUCUUCGCGUUCGUCAUCGUCACCAAGGACGAAGUAAGGUAAGUUCGAAGUUGGAUUUGGCCGCAAGCAUGUCAAUGGAAUUGUCGACUGCAGAUGUUGUUAUUGUUAGAUAUUGUGCAAUUUAUACAUAGAUUAAUAUUAGAGCUGCACCCAGAAACAGUCUUAAUAAAUACGUCAUAGAAUUAGUGAAACCUGGAGAAGAGAUAAGUUAAUUUUCUGAAAGAUUUUGGGUAGAUUGUUCGUUACUUUCGAUAUUAUAAGGGCCCGAUCAGUCCAAAGGAAUUUGUUGUCGCCAAAUCUGCUAUAUUCUUUAGAAAAAGCGUUGUUUGAUUAAAUAAAUUGUCUGCCUUGAAAUAUACCGGAGACCAUUUUAGUUUUCUUUUCAAUUUCUGUGGCUUAUGCUUUACUCUUGUUAGCCAUAUCUUAGCAAAGAGUCACAAAACGUCGCCCAGUUAAUCGAAUAUUUUUUCCUGUUCAGAGUUUACGUUGAUGAUUCCAAGUUAACCGAUGACGUGAAGAAACAUUUAAGUAACGUUGAAAUAAGUCCUUACAACACAUCCGUUCUGAUUGCUGACAUAAAAGCAGAAGCAGUUAAACCCAACGCAAAGAUUUGGGUAAGUUCAGGUGGUCGUUACUUCUUCUGAGUUUUACCCUUUAUACUUCGUUGUGCUAUGGUAUAGCAUUGUUCCUACGAUAUGAACGAUUAGUGAAUUUAACGAUUAGCGUAUUCACCCUAGAUUCCUCUGUAAGUUUGUCGAUGAGGGUAAAACCCUCAACGACGGCAGAAACCUUUAGCUCAUAAUUUUUUGGUUUAAUAGAUCAUAACAGCUUUCCUAUUGCCUUGUAAAAUGAUUCAGACGUCAGCAACGUCGAAAUGAGACGUACCAGUGAUAAGGGUUUUUUUUAUUGACGAACAACUCACAUACAUCGAUUUCAAGAUUACAUUUCAUUGAAAUGUAAUACUGUUUAUACCGGUAAUGUGGCGUGACCUAUGACCUUUCUUAUCCCUCGAAGCUAUGAUCAAUAUGUCCUACAUCAGUAUCCCCCAUAGCUUUACGUGUGGUGUUUUAAACCGGAUUGUUUUUGUGUGUUUUGGUCACUAGUUGAGCAAGUAUGCCAGCCCUUACUCUGCCAUGGACGCAAUUGGUAAGGUAGGUAGUACACUUUGCAGCCUAAAGUUGUAGAGAUUUCGUACAUAGACAGUUUAUCAGUACACUUUCACUUUACCGUCUUGGUGGUUAUUAAGUAGACAUUAUACUCAAAAGUUACUUGUUUACUUUAAAUAAUAGCAAGACAAGGUACUGUUGAAGGACUCACCCAUAGCAUUGCCAAAGUCAAUAAAAAAUUCCGUAGAAAUCAAAGGAAUGAAGAACGCUUACGUAAGUCUAACGUUGUUUUCUGUUUAUAACAUUUUUAACCACAAUUUAGUUUCUUGAGUUCUUUCUCCGGUGGCCGUUUUCCGAUGGAACAACCCUCCACCUCGCAGUUGUAACUAUUUUCCGGUUUCAAUACGAGUACAAGUCGUAGGAAUGGCUUCAAUGGGUAGGAGCUGCAAGGGAGCGAAUGGUCUCUACAAGUCUACUCGUCUAGCUGUACCUAACUAUACCUGGAAAUUGCCACCAACCACAUUCUGUUUUUUGACGUCUGUAAUUUGUGGUUGAAAUUUAACAGGGUUCCCACUGUAGAACUAUAAGAGACAUCGCCUUUAGACUGUAUGUUCGAGAGAUGAACAGAAACAGCUUAUUUUUCAUUCAAAGGAGCUUCUGCUCCAUCUCCCUUUUGUAACUAUUUGAACAAUUUCCCCUUACUUUCUCCAUUUUUCUAUUGAGCCCUGGACUCCAGGCUUAAUAAUCAACCGCUGCUCGAGAAAGAAGCCUUCGCUUUUCCCUCGAGAAACGAAGACUAAAGUCGUGAGAGCGACAGAAACUCCUGGCCUUUGAUUCGCUCAUUUUUCACUGUUCCUACUUGGAUGACUAGUUUCUCUGACUUCUGCCGAAUCAUUCCUGUUUAAGUGUUUUGUCUCCUUCUUUCUAAUCGUGUACACCUCUGUUCAAAGCAAAAACCGUUCAGCAAAUCGUUCUAUCUUAUCAUCUUAU